AUGAAAUCGAAACAACACAUGAAGACACACCUACCGUUUCCGCCUGUACUGUUAAAAUGCAUGUUCAUAUUUAGUAGGAAGCACUCUCUGAUGAUAAUUCAUUCAUUCGGAUCCAUUUCACCGAACCAGAGCAAAGAUCUUCAGACCACUUAAAAGGGCUUGAAUCAAGAUGUGGGCAGAAAAUGACUUUCCUCCACCAGGUCAGCUUCUCCUCGCCAGCUUGGAUGUGCCAGGUGAUGAUAAAGUCUACACCAUGUACCAUGGCACAUCAAAAGAAGUUGCUGCCCUCAUUAUGAAAACAGGCUUCAAGCAGUCCAGUGAUGGUAUGCUGGGACAGGGAGUCUACCUCAGCCGGGAUCUGCAGAAGGCCAGCAGGUAUCCUCUGGAACUGCCUGAGUCACAGAGAGUCGUCAUCAAAGUGAGAGUGAAUGUUGGCAAGGUUGUAGCAAUUAACCGCCAAGGACACCCUCUGCAGAAGACUUGGCAUUAUAACGGGUACAACACAGCCUGGUGCCCUCCGAACUGUGGUAUGGUUCGCAGUGGUCUGGAAGAGGACUGCGUGUGGGAUCCCAAACGGAUUACCAUCAUUAAAGUCAUUUCCCCAAACAUGGGUGAAUAUCCUCGCCUCGCCAGCUUUGAUGCACCAGGUGAUAACAGAGUCUACACCAUGUACCAUGGCACAUCAAAGCAAGCUGCUGCCAUUAUUUUGAAAACAGGCUUUAAGCAGUCCAGUGGUGGUAUGCUGGGACAGGGAGUCUACCUCAGCCGGGAUCUGCAGAAGGCCAGAGCGUACCCUCUGGGACUGCUUGAGUCACAGAGAGCCGUCCUCAAAGUGAGAGUGAAUGUUGGCAAGGUUAUAGCAAUUAACCGCCAAGGACACCCCCUGCAGAAGAGUUGGCAUUAUCACGGAUACAACACGGCCUGGUGCCCUCCGAACUGUGGUAUGGUUCCCAGUGGUCUGGAAGAGGACUGCGUGUGGGAUCCCAAUCGGAUUGUCAUUAUUGACGUAAUUUACCCAAACAUGGGUGCAGGUGGAGGGUAUGGAGCUCCAAGUGGCUACUACCGCUGAGAGAUGUGAGAAUUCACUGUUGUACAGAAUACUGGAUGAAUUUCAAGUCUUCCAGUACAAUAAGGAAAUCACUUAAUGUAAUAAACAUCUUUGAUUUCA